AUGAUCGGGAACAGCAGUUCACUGACCAGAAUAAACGACGAAGGCAAGCAGCUCUACUAUAAGAAACAUGGAAACCCGGCUGGGCCUCCGAUUGUCUUUUUACAUGGCCUCGGGGGCACAUCUGAAUAUUACGAUCCCUUGAUUUCCUCCCUGGGCCUGACAAAGACCUAUUCAAUUCACCAGCUGGACCUCGAGGGACACGGGCUAUCACCUCCAUCCGCCCUGUCAACUCCGAGCAUCUCCUCUUUCGUUGACGACGUGAAGUGUAUAUUCUCGUUAGCGGGUAUAUCAACGGCCUCGCCAGCGAUACUAAUCGGAUCGUCUAUGGGCAGCAUCAUAGCUACAGUAUUCGCAAUUCAAAAUCCCGGACUGGUUCACAAACUCAUCCUCCUAGGCCCUCCUCCAUGCCCACUUCCUGCGGCGGGGCGCAAUGCCACUCAUGCCCGUGCUGCGGUGGUCAGAGGCAGAGGAAUGUCUGCUGUUGCGGAUACGGUUGCCACGGCUGCCACAUCAACGUUCACCAAGACCAGGAAACCAGCCGCCUACAUGGCGGUACGAUCUACGCUAUUGAGCCAGAGCCCAGAGUGCUAUGCAAGGGCCUGCACUGCCCUGGCUAAUGAAACUGGGUCGUUGGACCUUGGGAGCCUCACCUGCCAGACUCUGAUCAUCACCGGUGAUGAGGAUAAGGUCAGCCCACCGUCUACAUGCAGUGUUAUCGCGUCGUCUAUACCAAAUUGCAAGGCCCCGGUUGUGUUGAAAGAGGUCGGCCACUGGCAUGUGUUUGAGGAUAUAGAUGGAGUGUCAAGGUCCAUCCGGGCAUUUCUGUAG